UGCCCAAACAGUUGGGUUCAGGAAGAAGAAAUAAUGGCGACGCUUCUGGGGUCUGAGUUCUCUAGUAGUGGAAGAAAACGAAGAAAUUGUAACAGUAAUAUAGUCACAAAGUUAACGUCUAGUAAAAUAACCGGGAAAGGUUUCAGCCGAGGAACACAGCUCCCUGGAGGCUUGCUUCAGGAGAGAGAUAAACCUGCUAAGUGGCAUGGCAUCCCUGACCUGCUCCAGAAGCUCCACGAGAGCAGCCACCCCAACAGUGACCUCUCCCACGCUCACAGCUUUCUCAAGAACUUAUCGUCACAGCUCUCGAUGGAGGCCAUGUCUUUCGUCACAGAGGACAGGAAGACCGCUCAGGAAUCCACUUUCCCCAACACCUACACCUUUGAUCUGUUCGGUGGAGUCGAUCUGCUUGUGGAAAUCUUAAUGAGACCCACACUAACUAUGCAGAAGAAGAAACCCAAAAUGAAUGAUGAGCUGGUCAAAGACUGCCUUAGUGUUCUCUACAACUGUUGUAUAUGUACGGAGGGAGUGACAAAGAGCCUGGCAGCCAGGGACGACUUUGUUCUGUUUCUCUUCACUCUGAUGACAAACAAGAAGACGUUCCUGCAGACGGCGACGCUCAUUGAAGACAUUCUUGGAGUGAAAAAGGAGAUGAUCCAGUUGGAAGGAAUCCCCAACCUCUCAGGUCUGGUCCAAAGCUUCGACCAGCAGCAGCUGGCCAACUUCUGCCGCAUCCUGUCCGUCACCAUCUCAGAACCAGAUAUAGGGAACGACGACAAGCACACGCUACUGGCCAAAAACGCUCAGCAGAAGCGCAACGCCAGCCCGUCCCGCGCCGAGGUCAACCAGGUGACUCUACUGAACAUCCCGGGCUUCAUUGAGCGGCUGUGUAAGUUAGCCACUAGAAAAGUGUCUGAAGCCACAGGAGCAAACUUCCUGCAGGAGCUGGAGGACUGGUACACCUGGCUGGACAACGCACUGGUGCUUGACGCGCUCAUGCAGAUGGCCACCGAGGAGGCUGAGCAGAGCAGCACAGAGUCAUCAGACGAGAGUCCUCUGGCCACCAGCCCUCUGAGACACAGGCUGCCCCAGUCCAUGAAGACCGUCCACGAGAUCAUGUACAAGGUGGAGGUUCUGUACGUGCUCUGCGUCCUCCUGAUGGGCCGACAGAGGAACCAGGUCCACAGGAUGCUGGCCGAUUUCCGUCUCAUCCCGGGGCUCAACAACCUGUUCGACAAGCUCAUCUGGAGGAAAUACACCGCGUCCAAUCACGUGGUGCACGGCCAGAAUGAGAACUGCGACUGCAGCCCAGAGAUAUCCUUUAAAAUCCAAUUCCUGCGGCUACUCCAGAGUUUCAGCGAUCACCAUGAGAACAAGUACCUCUUGCUCAACAACCAGGAGCUGAACGAACUGAGUGCCAUUUCCAUGAAGGCCAACAUCCCAGAGGUGGAAGCUCUAGUCAACACAGACAGAAGCUUAGUUUGUGACGGAAAGAAGGGUCUCCUCACGCGUCUCCUCACCGUCAUGAAGAGGGAACCUCCCGACUCAUCCUUUAGGUUCUGGCAGGCGAGGGCUGUGGAAAGUUUUCUCAGAGGAGCAACAUCUUACGCAGACCAAAUGUUCCUCCUGAAGCGAGGGCUGCUAGAGCACAUCCUGCUCUGCAUCAUAGACAGCGGCUGUACGUCUCGAGACGUCCUUCAGAGCUACUUUGAUCUGCUGGGGGAGCUCAUGAAGUUCAACAUCGAUGCUUUUAAAAGGUUCAACAAAUAUGUCAACACUCCAGAGAAGUUUCAGGCCUUCCUGACUCAGAUCAACAGCUCCUUGGUGGACUCCAACAUGCUGGUGCGCUGCAUCGUCCUCUCACUGGACCGCUUUGAAAGCCAGACAGAAGAUGUCAAAGUUAUGGAGGUGCUGUCUGAGUGCUGCCUGCUGUCCUACGUGGCCAGAGUUGAAAACCGAUUGUCCUUCCUCUUCCGACUCAUCAACAUCAUCAACGUACAAACACUUACGCAGGAGAAUGUGAGCUGUUUAAAUACCAGCUUGGUGAUCUUGAUGUUGGCCAGACGAAAGGCGAAGCUGCCCUUCUAUCUCAACGCCCUGCGGGAGAAGGAGUACACGGAGAAAUACCCCGGGUGCCUGCUGAACAACUUCCACAACCUGCUGCGCUUCUGGCAACGCCACUACCUCAACAAGGACAAGGAUAGCACAUGUCUGGAGAACAGCUCCUGCAUCCCGUUCAGCUACUGGAAGGAGACGGUGUCAGUACUUCUGGGCUCUGACAGAACUUCUCGCUGUGCCAUUGUGAGUUACAUUGACGAGCCCUUCAUGGAUCUGGACAGGGACCUGCUGGAAGAUUGACCCUCUAGCGGGUGGAGGCGCUGGGGGGGCGGAGGCCACCUGUGGCUCAGACUCCUCUGAUCCGACCCCUCCAGGCGUUUUUGUGACUGCGUUCAGGAUCUAAAGACUCACCCGUCUGCUGUCCGUACCUUCGCAUGGAGGCCGUCAUCACAGUUGAGAGCGGAUAAUGGAGUUCGACUGACUGUCAUCUUCUCACACAGUUAAAAUGCUUUGUGUUUUGUUUUGUUUGUUUGGAAAGGAGAACUUAAAGCUACAGGCCCCCCUUUCCCAGCGGUCUAACAGACAAUAAUAGACUUUGGAAAAACAACACCCGCAUUGGUUGUUUGCUUUAUGUGAAAUUCAGAUAGAGCCUUUUAUAUAGCCUAUACAGAAUUCUAUGGAAAAGUAUGAAUGAACAAAUUAUAUGUAAAAAGAAAAAACAACAACAAAAAAACCCAACCAGUUUCUUUUCACAUGGACUUGAUUUUGAAACUCGGCACAGAUUGAGCAGGACGGUGGUGUGUCGUCACCAGCCUCACUCUCUCACUACUUUGACUAACUGUUGACUUCAUGCCACACCACUGCCUCGUCUGAGGUGAGCAAAAUGCUAACGGUGGAGCAUUUGCUUGGGGGGGGACUUCUCAUCUUCUUGUUCUCUGGCCCUGUUUUACUACGUGGCUGUCUUUGGUUGGUGCUUUCUGGCUCUACUCGGCCCAUUUAAUCAGCAAGAUGGCCUGGUUCUCAUAUCUUAAAGGAUUCCUCUUGCUUAAGAAAACUCAUUCUGUUCGUGGCUUCAGAAGCUUCCCCCUGGGACUCAUCAUUAUUUUAUUUUUAUUCUUUUCUCUUUUUUUUUCCCUUUUUGACGUUUAUUUUUUCUUUUGUUUUGAUCAAUGGCUUUUAACUCUGGAUAAACUGUAGAAUAAAACAUUGCACAGGA